ACCAAGCUUGAUAAUUUUGGUGUUUGAAAUAGUUGAAAAGGAAGUUUACGGAGUAACGGUAUUUUGUGUGUACAGACGAUUUACAGAAAGUAAACACGCAUAAAUGGUAAUCUAGGGAUUAUCUUAUCGUAACUUUGCAAUAAAUCGAUCAUGAUAGUGAGCCAUUCCCAAAAGGAAUAUAUCAGUGUAUAUUUAACUUAACUCAUUUUAAUUGAUAUUAUAACAUAAACGUUUGUUGUAAAAGUAAUAGUUAUUGCUAAAAUGUCGUCCGGGCAAAGAGAAACUACUGUUUCGGUGCCUUUAACUCCGACACGAUCAGAUUUGUAUUGGAGGAGAAUAUUCAACAAGUACGACAAAGACAACGACGGCAAGAUAUCGUACCACGAGUUGAAAGAGAUAAUCGAAUCCCGGGAAUACGACCACGAUUUACCGGACAAUGUGGUGGACAAGAUUAUGUCCCUGGCCGACCAGGACAACUCCGGGUACCUGGACUUCGCGGAGUUCGUCCACAUGAUGCACAACCCCCAGCUGAAGUAUGUGUUCGGACACUUCGUGGCCAGAUACGUCCACUCCAUUAUACCGAACAGGAACCCCGUUGAUACUACAGACAGGUGGACUGGUUUCCAAGCAGUGCCCACGACUGCCACCGUCCGUAGCCAUACCAAAACCGUGUUCACGUAUACAGACGGGACAUACGAGGAGGAGUACACCUGCUGGCCACCUGCUAUCUGCAUGAUACUGAUCUCUAUCGUGGAGAUCGUGCUGUUCUGCUAUGACGCUGCGCAGGGGAAGACCGAUGCGACGGGACCUAUCGCUAAGCUCUUCAUAUACAACCCCCACAAGAGGGACGAGGCGUGGCGGUUUAUUACGUACAUGCUGGUGCACGUGGGAGUCCUCCAUCUGGUGGUGAACCUCCUAGUCCAGCUGUUCCUGGGUGUGCCACUGGAGAUGGUGCACCGGUGGUGGCGCGUGGUGCUGGUGUACCUCGCCGGCGUGGCUGCGGGCUCCCUCGCCACGAGUCUGACGGACCCCAAGGUGUACCUAGCUGGUGCUUCGGGGGGAGUCUACGCGUUGAUUGCGGCGCAUAUCGCUACUAUUAUCAUGAACUGGGCGGAGAUGGAGUUCGCGAUAGUCCAGCUGCUGGUGUUCCUACUGCUGGCGGUGGUGGACGUCGGCACCGCCGUGUACGACCGCUACACCAGCCAGCUGCAGCAGAACAUCGGAUACGUCGCACACCUCGCGGGCGCCGUGGCCGGUCUUCUAGUCGGCAUCGGCGUUCUACGGAACCUGGAGAAGAAGAAGUGGGAGAAGCGGCUGUGGUGGGCGGCGGUGGUGCUAUACUUCGCGCUGAUGAUAGCUGGUAUCUUCGCCAAUGUCUUCUGGACCUCGCACUUCGCGCUGGCACAUUGAAACUUCUGUAAAGUCUAUAGGAAUAUGUGAUGAAAUGUUCUCGUAUACUAUAAUAUAAUGGCUGCUAAAGCAAGGGGCUUAAAGGUAGGGGUUAAGUAAGAUAAGAUGCGACAUUGGUAUUGCGUGAAAGACUAUCGCCUACAAACGAUAUCUGCAAGGCGAUUCACGAUUCCCGUUCGACACGGAUUCGGAAACUUUACCGUGCGGUCUUUGGGCAAUGCCCAGCGCGGCGAGCGUUUAUUGGAUGUCGCGCGGUGAAGUUUCCGAAUCCGAGUCGAAUUACGCAUUGUGAAUCAGGGCCCUAAUGGCCAAUAAAACAUGCCUGAUGACUCGAUAUCGUUAUAUCAGACCCGAUAUAUUUCUUGUUCCGUGCCCCAGUGUCUUAAAAUACGUCUAAAACAUGCCUAAUGCAUACCUCCUAAAUUAUCCGACUCGAUAUCGUAUCCGUCAUUUUACUAGUAUGGUAUUAUGUAUGUAAAGGACGGCGAAAAUUAUCUGGGGGCACGGCCGUGCCCCAGCCAAUUAUCUUUACUCGGAGCGGCUAAAUCGGGCCCUGCUCUUCUUUUUUUUUGCCGUUGUGGCACAAUCUGUGACUUAAGUGCCCCUGAGUUUUAGUAACUUUUCAACAUUCGGUCGUAAGUUUUCUAUUUAUACAACGUUUUACAAUUUCGAAUUUGAAAUAAGAAUACGAGAACUAUUUUUGAAUCUUUACGCGGUCUUUUUCAAUGGUUGUGCUUGUCUAUGGUAGCUGCGCACUUUUGUGCUGUUUUCACUAUAAAUGUACGCAUUUUUGAAGCAUUUACUCUGACGUUUUUCACAUAAAAAGUGAUUUUUUUUCUUAAUUAUUAAUGUCCCAAAAUCCUAAAAAGUAGAUGUUUAAGAAUAGAAAAUAAUUUCUAGUAGGCAGCAUGUAUUUUAAAAGCAAUGUAUUGUUUUUAAGUGUUAUAAAUUAUUUUUGUUGUUAAGUGUCGCUAAUAGCCGUCACUUGUACCUAAAUAGCUUUAAAGUUAUUUAUAAUCUUAUUAAUAACUAAUUAUAAUAAGAAAGGCGAUAUUCUAGGAACUUUAUAUGAAUUUCAACCAAUGCAUGGUUUGAAAGGAGGCCUUUAAAUAUUGUUUGGUUUUGAGAAUGUUGCGCGCCCACCAUAAUUAAUGUAUUUUUCAAACCCAUAAUAUAUUCACAGGCUAAAGCAAAUGUCUCUGUUGCUUUUGCAACUUUUUUAGUAAUUUCCUUUUCUUAUGCCAUGUGCUGCAGCCUGCAAGCAUAAUGCUGUCAGCUAGUCCUUUCAUUCGGUUGAUUAAAAAUUUAAAAAUUAAUAAAUUCGAAUAUCACUAUUUAAAUGCAAAAAUUCAUAAAAUUGGGACCAACCCCAUACGGAUUAAUUAUAUUUUAUUCGGCUUUAUUGUAUUAUCUGUAAUUUUCAUAGUAUUAGACUGAUUUGCUAUAAUUUAACCACACUCAAAAAUAUUUACACAGCAAAAAAUACUAAAUGACUUUGUCUAUUAUAAAUUAAAGAAAUAUCGCUGCAGAUAAAGACAUCAGACUAUCAGACUUAGUUAUCCGCUGAGUAAAUAUUUUUAGGGGUUAAGUAUUUUAUAAGACUACUAUUUUAAUAAUAAGCUUUCCGAUCCUUCUUUGUAUGAUGUAUAGUAAUUAAUCUUUGUUGUAGAUUUUUCUCUACAACAACUAUCUGUAUGUGUAUUAUUGUGCCUUCACAUGAUAUUUUUCGAUAAAAUUUACAAAUGUAUUUCAUACUACCACUUUAGUAAUAAAAAAGAAAAAAUCUGUCAAAUAUUAAGCAACUUUUCUAACGUAUCAGGUGAAGACAAAAUUUAAAGUUACGAUGACGUAUUUUUACGCCGAAAGCAUAUUUUUAUUAAUAUGGAAUUAUUGUAUUACAUUUACAUAUAAGUAGUUGCAAUUUUGUAAU